UCUCAUUUGUAAAUUUCUUAAACUUUGAAUGUCGAUUGUGACAACGGGCCAUGUCACAACGCCUAGUUUUCUUGAGACCUUAAAGCUGUCGAAACAGAAAUCAUCGUUUGCUGGCAAUGUCAACGUAAGAAGAAAGAAUUCACAGCAUUAUAGGAUAAGAGCAUAUUUUGGAAGACGCGCAAAUACAUUUUACUUGUCGUUACCCGUUCCUGAGUUGGGCACUCUCCAUCCUAAGCGUGAGAUGGAAUUGUCUCCCUUUCCUUUUUUCAAGUAUCAAGGUCUUGGUAACGACUUUAUUAUUGUUGACAACCGCCACAAAAGUCACCCAACUUUAGCAACAGAACAAGUCAAGUUCGUUUGUGAGCGGCGCUUUGGAAUUGGUGCAGACGGAGUUAUCUUCCUGUUGCCUCCAAAAGACGACAGAAACGAUGCGCAAAUGCGUAUAUUGAACUCUGAUGGGUCGGAGCCAGAAAUGUGUGGCAACGGAAUACGUUGUUUGGCCAAGUACAUGCGAGACAUAAGUUCAGAAUGGAGAAGUAAGCAUAUCUUAAGGAUAGAAACUCUUUCGGGAAUUAUGCUUGUUGAGUUUGUGGGAAAGAACGGUAUAAAAGUGGAUAUGGGAAAGCCAAUACUGGAUCCUAGCAUAGUUCCAACAACUCUGAAGCCCAAAUCUAGCGAGGAAACUGCGGUUAUUGACGUCCCUAUUCAAAUUGAAGGUCGAACGUUUCGAGUAACUUGUGUAAGUAUGGGAAAUCCUCAUUGCAUAAUUCUUGUAGACAACCUGGAAGAAGUGGAGAAAACCUUAGACUAUUGGGGACCUCGAGUAGAAAAUUCCCCGUGGUUUCCUAAAAGAACUAAUGUAGAAUUCAUUAAAGUUGUUGAUCAGAAUCAGAUAAAGGUUAUAGUUUGGGAACGAGGAGUAGGACGUACUUUGGCGUGUGGAACUGGUGCUUGUGCUUCCGUAGUUGCAGUAAAGUUACUGGGUUUUGCGGUAAAGGAACAGGAAGUGGUUCUUCCAGGAGGUAAACUUCACUGUCACUGGGACUCUGACGAUCACGUUUAUAUGACUGGUCCAGCGGAGAAAGUGUUUGAAGGACAUUUUAUGGGUUAAAGAUUAUGUCUUGUAACAACUUUAUAAAGAUAUUUAGGAAGUCGAGUUCUUUUGAUUACAUUUAUUCAGAAUCAUUUGAACAUACAUUGUUUAGAACCCAGAGAUAUAUCAUCACAACUGUAGUCUUUCAAAUAUAGCGAAGUAACUUUCUGUCA